GAGAGGUACUGUUGGUGGACUAUGAGAAGCCAAAGCAAGCAGGAGAGAAGGCCAAUUUGUUGAGAGAGACGUAAACGGAGAGUCUUAUUUCUUCCCCCUCGUUAUCCCAUCCCAUCUUCUCUACUUUCUCUCUCUAUAUUCCCCUACAUAUCAAUUGCUCCCGUUUUACGAUAAACAUCAAAAAAAAUUUCUUUCAAUUGCGCUUCGGUUCUAUUUCAGAAACCCUAACAAAUCGAUUCGAUUCGAUUCGAUUCGAUUUUAAAUCUUCACCGUUUUUUAAUUAGGAAAAAUUCGUCUUUUGUGCAGUGUUUUGAAGAUUCAUUUGAUUUGUAAAUCGAUAUAUUCAGAAGUUGCUAGUUUUUGAUUCUGGUUUGCUUCGAUUUGGUAUAUAUUAUACAAAAAGAAAAGAGGAAAAUUGAUUUAUUUCCUUUGUACGUUUUUUCACUUGAUCUUUUGUUGUAAAGCUGAAGACAGAACGAAUUGAGGCGUUUUUGUUUCGAUUCGGGGACAGUUCGGUUGUUUUUGGGGUUUUUCGAAGUUAGUAGAUGUUUUUGGUGUUGGAAGCUGAUGGAGACACCUGUGAGUUAAGUUUGUGAAAUUUGGGCUGUUUCUUUGUUUUGUGUGAGAGGCGGUUAAAGAAACAGCCUGAGGUUAUGAUCAGUGAAGUUGGCUUGGAGAAUCAGAGCCUAUUCAUUUCUGUGUUCUCUUCUUCUCGGCAGUUCUUUGGGGGUUCUGGGGAUGAGGAAUGAUGGCCAGAGACCGCAGGGAGGUGUGCCACGGCCGGGGCGGACUAAUGGGUUUAUACCGUCUUCGUUCCGAGCUCUGUCUAGUUACUUGAGGAUCGUGUCAUCUGGUGCUUCCACUGUUGCUCGGUCGGCUGCAUCUGCUGCAUCGGCCAUUUUGGAGAGGGAUAGUGAUGCCAGCCACGAUCAGGUUUGCUGGGCUGGUUUUGACAAGAUAGAAUUCGAGGGAGACGUCACUCGGCAAGUUCUAUUGCUUGGCUAUCGGUAUGGAUUCCAGGUUUGGGAUGUUGAAGAAGCAGAUAAUGUUCGCAACCUAGUUUUCAGGCAUGAUGGUCCGGUUUCAUUUAUGCAAAUACUACCAAAACCAGUAGCAUCAAAGAGUUAUGGGGAUAAGUUCGCAGACAGUCGCCCAUUGCUGGUAAUUUGUGCAGAUGGAUCCUUUUCUGGAGGUGGUGUAGAUAAGGAUGGGCUAGCCACUCCUUUUAACGGGAACACCCAAAGUUGCCACGAUUCAGUGAAUGGUGGUUUUGUGCCUACUGUAGUUUGGUUUUAUUCCUUGAGAUCUCAAUCUUACAAACAUUAUCUUGAGUUCAGAUCAGUUGUUUAUUCAGUAAGGUGCAGCUCUCGAGUUGUUGCCGUUUUACAAGCAGCUCAGAUACACUGUUUUGAUGCUGCAACAUUAGAGAGGGAGUAUACCAUUCUUACGAAUCCUAUAGUUACGGGUUGUCCUGGAUCUGGAGGUAUAGGAUAUGGACCUCUUGCAGUGGGUCCCAGGUGGAUAGCUUAUAGUGGAAGUGCUGUCUCUGUCUCAAAUUCUGGUCGUGUCAGUCCACAACAUCUAACCCCUUCUGUGAGUUUUCCUGCUUCUGCUUCAAAUGGCAGCCUGGUUGCACACUAUGCAAAAGAAUCAAGUAAGCAACUUGCUGCUGGGAUUGUGACCCUAGGGGACAAGGGGUAUAAAAAAUUGUCGAGGUACUACUCUGAGCUCAUACCUGAUAGCAACAAUUCUCCGCAAACAGGGAGUCCUCGCUGGAAAGUCAAUGGAACCAUUAAUGGCCAUUUGCCUGAUGCAGACAAUGUCGGAAUGGUCAUUGUCAGAGAUAUUGUCAGUAAAUCUGUUAUUUCCCAGUUUAGAGCACAUAAAAGUCCUAUUUCAUCAUUAUGCUUUGAUCCCAGUGGGACACUUUUGGUGACGGCUUCAGUUCAGGGGCAUAACAUAAAUGUUUUCCGAAUAAUGCCUCGACCAUAUGGAAAUUCUUCGGGAGCUGAUUCUGGUGCAUCUUGUGUACAUCUUUAUAGGCUGCAACGUGGUUUUACUAAUGCAGUUAUACAGGACAUCAGUUUCAGUGAUGAUAGCUGCUGGAUUAUGAUAAGUUCCUCAAGAGGGACCAGUCAUCUGUUUGCUAUAUCGCCUUCAGGGGGAUCAGUUACUUUUCAGUCUUAUGAUGCUUGUUCUAUAGGCAAGAAUAGUGGAUCUUGUGCUAUGACCAAGCCAGGUUCACAGAUGCUUAUCCAACAGAACCUUUGUGUUUCUGGCCCUCCAAUUACACUGUCUGUUGUUAGCAGAAUAAGGAGUGGAAAUAAUGGUUGGAGAAGCACUGUAAGUGGUGCUGCAGCAGCUGCAACAGGCAGGAUGAGUUCUCUUUCUGGGACUAUUGCUUCAGCUUUUCACAACUGCAAAGGUAAAGAUCUUUAUAUGGACUCCGGCUCUUUGAAGGCCAAGUAUCACCUUUUGGUUUUCUCUCCCUCUGGUUCUGUGAUACAAUAUGCAUUGCGGAUAUCUCCUGCAUUAGAUUCUGCAACAGUUGUGUCUGGAUUAAGUGCUGCUUAUGAGUCAGCUACAGAGUGUGAUUCUAGAUUAGUGAUUGAGGCAAUCCAGAAGUGGAAUAUUUGUCAGAAACAUAAUCGAAGAGAGCGAGAUGAUAAUACAGAUAUAUAUGGUGAUAAUGGAAAUUCAGAUAGCAGCAAAGUAUUUCCUGAAGGAAUAGAAAAGGAAAUUAGUGUCUAUCCUGAAGUUAGGGGCUCAAUUGCAAAAGCAAAGAUCAGUGCUGAGGAAAAACAUCACAUGUAUAUUUCAGAAGCGGAACUGCAGAUGCAUCAAGCCCGGAUACCAUUGUGGGCAAAACCUGAGAUAUCCUUUCAGUCCAUGAUGGUGGAUGGCCUAAAAAUAGAUGGUGAAGAUGUUUUGGGAGGGGAAAUUGAGAUUGAAAGCAUUCCUACUUGCAUGAUUGAAGCAAGGCCAAGAGACUUAGUUCCUGUCUUUGAUCAUUUUCAAGCUCCCAAUUCCCAACAGGCAUGGGUUCUUGCUUUGGAUAGCAAUAAUCAUGGGCAACUGCUGCAUCAGAGGUCUGAAAAUGGCGGGCUUUUGUGCAAGAACGGCUCUGACUAUCUUGACUACAUUAGUAAUGGUGGUCGUACGGUAGCUGAACAUCACAAUGGCAUUAUAGGAACUGGGUGGGAUGGUCUUCAGAUGCCUACAGACACAACCAAGGGCUUUGUAUAUAAUAGUAACUGCCCUAAAUCAAACAUUAGACCUGAGCUUGUAAAUAAUAGAGAGAACUCAACGGAGGCCCAGUUUAAGUAUGUAAAUAAUAACAGAGAAGGCCUGAAAAUGGAGAAUCAAUUUGAAGAUCAAGGUGAUGAAUUUGAUUAGAGGUGUGCAGAUAUUCUUUUAUUCUCCCGGGAGUUUCCUUAACAGUGAAUAUUGUUGGUUGAAAUGUAGAGCAGGAAGAGGACGGUGGGCUCCAACCUUUGAUGGGGAAUUGUGGAUAACAUCAUGUUGGGUUUCAUCUUCUAUUGACUUUGUAAAUAAAAGACCCAGAAUAUGUGUGUGUGUGUACAUAUAUAUAUAUAUAUAUAUAUAUAUAUAUAUCUUGAUUAUUCAGUUGUAAUAUGUAAAUAAUAGCAUCACCUUUCAUAGUUGCCAUGUCGUCUAAAUUUUAAAGUUAUUUCAUUUGUUACCUGUGGAUUUUUGUGGAAGAAGAAUUACAGUGCAGUAGUCUCAUUUGGGUGCAUGCUUCGUGAUCAACAGUUGCGGGUCAUGUGGAUUCAACCAAGCUGCUCUAAGGUAAUAUAUUAUCUCAGCUAGUGUUUAUUGUAUAAGAUUUGUGUUGAGGAGGCGUCCAUCUGAUAAUCACUUUCUCGGGGCAUGUGAAAUCCAAUCAAUCCUGAAACUGUGAACUUCAUAAGUGUUUAUAAUGAUUGGAGUAGGAUCCUCACAAGCGCAUGGGCUUCUGUUAAUGGUUUAAUUUACUACCGCUUUAUAACAGAGAGGGACAAGAAGGCAUUGAAUGUGAAAUUUUGUGAAUAUUUUGUGCUGAAGGUUUAUUGUUCGGUUACUUCUGGAAUGAAUCGUAGAUGCUGAGUUGUAUUGGUAUUAUGGCCCAAGGUCCUCCACCUCAGAAUUAAUGUAAUGUAAUGGGAUUAUGGGAAUAGCUCUACUUUGUACCGACUAUCAAUGCAUUUUUGAAGUAUAAAUUACCCUUCACAAGAAUAGUUAAUAA